AUGAAAAACUAUAAUAUUAAUCCCUAUAUACCUAUGGGUAAUUGGGGAACAUAUCACAAGAAGGCUUGUAAGGGUGGCAAUCCUCCUGAACGUGGUGAAGGUACCACUGAACGAUGUGAUUGCGGUAGUGGUGACUCUAGUCUUAGUAGUGCUCAACUUUACCUUAAUAAUAACACUAUCAAAGCUGGCAUUGGUGGACUUGAAGCUAUUGCCACAAUCAAAGCCACCAAUAAAGGUGGUAGUGAACAUGAUGGUCCCAUCAAAAAAAUCACCCAAACCACUCUCAGCAAAGCUGGUAGCACCCAGCUCACAAUCGAAACUAAGCUCCAGGCUGGUGACAUACUAAACCUCAGUGGAACUGCUCCUGCUACUAGUGGUGAUGAGACCAAGAUUGAAGGUACCAUAAUAGUUACUAAGGCGGGAUCUCUUGGAGAAACCAUAACUCUAACAGGACGUCUAGCUGGAACUCUAAAGCUCAAUAAUGGUACUAGUAAUACUAUCACUGUAACCAAUAGUGAUAGUCUCAACGCCAACACUCCUAGUGCUCUUGCUGGUAUCAAUGUAACUGGUGGUAGUGGUAGUCUGGGUGGUACUGCAACCAUGGAAAUCACUUCUAACAAUCCCGCACAUGAUCUCACAACCAUAACCGGUCCGGUUACCAUAAACAAUAUUAAACUCACCAAAGAUGAUGGUGCACUCACAACAGAUACCAGUCUCGCGAACAGUGAUACUCUAAACCUCGAAGGUACUGCCACCGCCGGUGGUAUCGCAGGUGAUCUCACCGUUACUGGUAAGAUCACAAUCACCAGUGGUACUAGUGGAAAUCUCCUAAGUCCUCUAACCUUCACUGGAGAUGUAACUAGCUCUCUCCAAUUCCAAAAUGCUGAAGAUGGUUCUGGAGUCACAGUCCAGAGUGGUACUCUAACCCUCCCAGCUACUACUCUUACUGUUCUCAAAAAUACUAACUUUAGUCUCACCAGUGAUGAUAAUCGUGCUCUUACAUCAAAAUCUGAUCUAGUUACCAAAAAUAAAAUAACUUUAGGUACCAUUUCUAAUACCUCUGGUCAGGUCAAACUCAGCGGACUUUCAAUAGUACACGCAUGUAUCACCGGCACUGGCAAUUUCAAGGCCACAGCUAACCUAUCACUAUCCCUGACCCACACCGAGGCUACUGGUACUCUCACAACUACCGAAGGACUCACCAUCAGCCUCGCCGGAAUUGCCAACACAAAUCUCACCGGUGCCACUGUUACAAUCACCAAAGACACUAAGGACACUGUCAAGAGUCUCCCUGGUGAUCAACAACUCAGGACCAAUACCGAUCUCAAACCAGGUGACACUCUAACCCUCAAUAUCACAGGUAGUCGAGGUACCACCCUCACAGGCAAAAUCACUGUCACCAAACCUGGUAAUCUCACCGGCAAUCUAGAUAUAAGAGGUGGUCUUAUAGCAUCCGGUGUUAGUCUCGGUGGUAGUGGCACUGGAAAUCUCACCGCGAGUGAUGUCAGCAUCACCAGUCUAAAGUAUGAUCCCAAGGAGUUCCAUGUCAAUGAUCAAAAUGAUAUUUGUGUUUUAGUUCCUUUAAAAUAUAUCUGA